UGCAAGUAUGGUACGAGAGAGAGGCAAGCUUUAGGGCUACUGCCGAUACUUUUGCCGCCACAAUUUUCCCCAGAGCUCUCUCUCUCUUCAAACAAUGGCGGAAAAUGGUGCUUCUGCAAACUGUGAAAUGAUGAUGCAUCCAGUUUUCAUCAACACUAGUAUCGAUACCCACAUAACCCUGCUCAUCUCUUCUCAAGAUACUGUGGAGGAUCUCAAAAGGAAAUUAAGCAAUGAACACCAUCUUUGUUUCCCUGAUAUAGGAGAAAUUACGAUUCAUGCAUUAAAGAUGAAAAUGGGUUCACACUUGUAUCAAUUACCAAAUUCCAUGAUGGUUCAGCCAUUCUUUCAGGGGAAGAAAGGAGCUUGGUUUCUCUACAUAGAUGCUUGUCCUGUGAACCCAGUGAAAUCUGUAGUGAACUCCAAGGACCAUCUCUUGAGACUAGAGAACGGUGAGGCUCAACAAAAAUCCAGUUUGAUCUGUUUUAGGGGUGAUGCCACUGACUCUCUGGACCAUGUUUCAAAAGGGACGGUUGCUCCUUCUAGUGAAAGAGAUUACCUUAGAUCUGAUAAGGCUUUUACCCAGUCCAGUAACCAUGCUGAGAACCCCACUUUGCUUGAAAAUCCAGUUUUUGAGAAUUUACCCCUAACCCAAGUGAUCAGCAGUAAUAUAAAAGACAUUCAAAUUCAUUCUGCCAUUUUCACCAACAAUGAAAGAGAAAAUUCUAUUGAGGCUGGUGACAAUGUCAUGGUUGAUAAGGUAGAAAAGGAGCCAAUGGAGAAGCGAAACACAUUACCUCAUGAUCUCCAGAGUGAGGAACAAGGGUCCUUAGUUCAGAGCAAGAAAAGGCGCAAGGACUCAUUGACUAAAUCAGAUGACAUUUUGGAAAAUACUCAAGUUCCCAACACUAAUUCUAAGAAAAGGCGCAAAACUAAGAAAGAAAUCGAAGAUGGUGUCGGGAAUGGGCAUAAAGAAACUGAGGUGGGUAAUGACAGGGUUAGCAAAGAGGCACCUGGUUUAGAGAGAAAUGCCAUUUUAGAUGCUUUGAAAGGCAGUGAUAACAUGGAGAUUACGCCACUAGAAGAAUUGUCUGAUAGAAUGGUCAAAGUGAAGAAGAGGAAAGAUAAAGAGUGUAAUGAUGAAGUUGGGGAUGGAGCUAAGGAAACUGAAACAGUGACUGACAGAUGUAUUAAUGGUGCAAACAGAACUGUCAAAGUUAAAAAAACGAGAAAGGAACCAGCCAAUCAUCAGGAAGCAAAGGCUAAUGCUUUGCCUACUGUUUCUUCUCUAGGAAAUGGUAACACUAAGCAAGAAGAGAAAAUAAAUCUGGAAAUGAACUUAUCUGAAAAUUUAGAGAGAGAGAAUGACUUUGAUUAUUCUGGAAUGAAAAAAGUUAGUCUAGACAUGAUUUCUCAGGAUACAUUAGAAAGCAAUUCCAAGAACAAUUCAUCAAGCGUUCUGGAUGAGAAUAACAGAGAUCCACCAGAAAGUCCAAGAAUGUCCACCCAAAAGGACAGUCAUCAUCAACUUGACAUUGUUAGUCGUGCCACCUCAGACUCUUUUGCCAAUUCGGGUGAUAUUGUUCUUAGCCAGGUAAAUAGAGGGAAAACUUCAAAGAUACCUGUUAAGGUUAAAGAAAAGAAGCUUAGGAAGCCAAAGGACAAUCAUGUUGAUCAUGCAGAUGAAGAUCUCGGUGUUCAUCGGGAUCAUGGGCCAAUGAAAGACAACGAGAUUUCAUCAGGUGUCAAUAAAAUAGAAAACAAGGCUCCAAAUUUCUCAAACAAGAAGCUGAGAUCAAAGAAGAAAGAGUUAACAAAGCCUGCUGUGUCUGCUCUAGGAAAUGAUGGAAUUGAUCGAGGAGAGAAAGAAAAUAGUGUAAUGAACAUUUCCAAAAAUUUGGAGAGAGAGAAUGACAUUGAUGUGUCUCAGGAUACACUACGAAACAAUUCCCAGAUCAAUCAGGGGGAUCUUCCAAAGAGUUCUACAAAGUCCUCUCAGAAAGAUGGUCAUCAUCAUGAAAUUGUCAUUGGUGCUGCCUUAGAUUAUUUUGCAAAUAAUUCAGGUGAUAUGAUCUUUGGCGAAGUAGAAAAUAAAGCCGAUGCUUUAGGGCAACCCAAUGAGAAAAAAAAUAAAAAGCCAAAACAACAAAAGGAUAGAGGGGAUGCAUUAAGGCAACCCAUUGAGCUAAAAAAUAAAAAGGCAAAACAAGGCGAGGAUAUCCAUAAAUUAGAUAAUGAAGCUCCAAAAUCAUCAAAGAAGCAGCCAAGGAAAUCUAGGAAGGAAGCAGCUACAAAUGAUACAAAUGAUUUGGAAUCCUUGCAGCUAACCCAAGAUUCUGUGAAUUUAGAGGCUGUGGUUACUGGAAGUAAAAGUGUAAGGAAACCAAAGAACACUCAAGAUAUUAGGCCUCCAAAAAAUGAUAGUUGCUUCGAUGUUGGUGAAACUAUCCAUACCGAUCAGAGGGAUGAAACUGAAAAAGAUAUGUUUGCAUUGUCGGAGACUGAAAAGCUCAAGAAAGUGACUUCACAUGAAAUUUCAAAGAACCGAUUGAUGGGGUCUAAGGAAGAAGCAAAAAAGAUGGUAGAGAAAGAGAUUCCACAAUUAUCUGAAACUUUAGAAGCCAAGCAGAUUAACUCAAGGAUGCUCGAGUCUAGUGUGAAAAAGGGAUCACCCAACACUAAAGUUAUUGAUGAUAAAUACCAAAAUGCUAAUUCUUUAGAUUGUGACCGCCCUGGAACUGGAAGUAUGCAUGUGUUAGAUAAAGUGAAUUUCUUUGGUCGCACUGCACCUGAAGGAGGUAGAGAUAAAGUUGUUGGUAAUGCAAAAAAGGAUACUAGAAAAGAACACUUGAGUAUUUCUCGGGAUGCAGCGGUUGAUUCUAGUGCAAGCACGAGAUCCUUGCCUGACGAUCUUGACAGAAACAAAGGGAGGAAAAAGCUUAUCUCCGAAGGAAACCACCGUUAUGAGGUAAAGGGAAAUGAAAUGAAAAGUUCAAAGCUAGUUUCAAGCGAGCUAAAGUCUAAGAUGGGUUCUUCAGCCAAAUCAAUUUCACUUUUUAGGAAUGAUGAAGAUGAUGAUGAUGAUGAUGAGAGCUCUGAAGAGGAAAGUGAGUCGGGGACAUCUGAAUCUUCAGAUAAUUCUUCUGCAUCAGUUGAUUCAGAUGACCAAGCCCACAAAUCCUUGCAUACAUCAAGAUAUGGGGAAUCUGCUGACGUAAACGAGAAGAAAAGGGAGACUGUUCAAAAAUCUUAUAUUCAAGAAAAGACCAAAUAUGCAGAAAUUGUUGCUAAGACAAGCUUAAAUGACAUCUUGAAAACUACAAGUGGCCGCAAAAAGGCUCAGAGUAGGCUACCCAAUGCUGAACUUAAGGAUGCCAAAGGUGUGGCCCUUGAUGAUGUUAUGGCUUCUCAAGGCUCUUAGCUUCUUCGGUUUCUUUAUACAGAGGCGUUGUUCUCACUUAAGAUAGAUACAUGUGUUGGUGUUGAGCCAAAUUUUGGACCUCUGAGAUUGGCUUUAUAUAGUAAUCUGUGUAAAUAGAGAGAAAACGUUCUGGUUAUUUUGGACUUUGUUGUUUCAUUUAUUGUCUUCAUUUUCUUUGUAUCAAGGUAGAUAUCAAAGACAUGUUUUGUGUCAGUGUUAUAUGGUUGUCCUCUUGGCUCUUUCCUAUUAAAGGGUGGUGACAAGUUCAUAUGGUUGUCCUCUUGGCUCUUUCCUAUUAAAGGGAGGUGACAAGUUCAAAUUUUGACUCUUGUUCUAUAAUAUUUCUAUGGGACAAACUGGGAAAAGAAAUGAUAUGAAAUUGUGUCUUUUUGGACU